AUGUCAACCACCACCCCAGUCAUCAUUGAUGCUAAAGGCCAUUUACUUGGUCGUCUUGCUUCAAUAGUUGCCAAACAAAUUUUAAAUGGUAAUAAAAUUGUUAUUGUUAGAGCUGAAGCUUUAAACAUCUCAGGUAACCAUUUCAGAAAUUUAUUAAAUUAUAAAGAUUACUUAAGAAAAUCUACCAGAUAUAAUAAAACUAAAGGACCAUUCCAUUUCAGAGCUCCAUCAAGAAUUUUUUAUAAAGCUGUUAGAGGUAUGAUUCCACAUAAAACUGCAAGAGGUGCUGCUGCAUUAGAAAGAUUAAAAGUUUUUGAAGGUAUUCCACCACCAUAUGAUAAACAAAAAAGAGUUGUUGUUCCACAAGCUUUAAGAGUUUUAAGAUUAAAACCAGGUAGAAAAUAUACAACUGCUGGAAAAUUAGCUUCAGCUGUUGGUUGGAAAUAUGAAUCAGUUGUUGAUAAAUUAGAAGAAAAAAGAAAAGUUAAAAGUGCUGAAUUUUACGCCAAAAAGAAAGCUCUUAAUAAAAAAAUUGCUGCUGCUCAAGCUAAUGCUGAUUCAGAAGUUGUUACUAAAUUAGUUGCUUUUGGUUAUUAA